CAUAGAUUUUGGGCAGACGGUAACCGCCGAUGCCUUCAACUUCGCUUGGCUUUGAUUAGCCAUCGUUGCGGUGAACAGAGAUUUCAAAAAUCUAUGCCAAACCCACGUAGAAAUCUCCUGUAAGAAAAGGGGACCAAAUCGAAGAAACAUUCAACAAGACCGCGCUGUUGGCUCGGCUCUGCUGCGUCCGGGUGAACCGGCCUUUGCCGCAACUAACUCGUUCUUGCGCUCUUUCAUGGUAUCAUUCCACUUGCCGCCGUACCUAAAAUUCAGCCACUGCGAGUGCUCGAGAGACAGAGAAAGAGAGAGAGACAGACAGAAUUUCAGUGUAAGGAAAAAACCAAUCAAUCUCGGGUUCAUGGAUCCGUGGCUCUGUUUCGCCGUUUCCAAGAUCUGUGAAUCACUGUGAAUAGCGAAAGUACAAGGGCUCCACGCUCUCUGGGAUUGGCCUCUGUUUGUCUCCUGCCAAAGAAGUUUCAACCAUCGUCUGGUUGAAUUUGGAGGAACCAAACCAAACCCAAAGUCUUUCCCUUUCAACCCCAGCAGUCGCUCACAAUUUACACAAAGCCUCGCUCAAAAGCACCUAACUUUGGCCAAAUCUUACCAUCCUCUUGCAAAUCGAUCACUACCCAACAGUCAAAAUUACCCACAAUACAUAAGAAUAAGGAAUGGGGAAGCAAUCGACAAACAGGGAUUGGUCGCAGAUCUACGGGAUAUACGGCAUGGACCAGUGGCAGACCCUGCUCUUCCUCCUGCUCCACGCCGUCUUCUUCUCCUCCAUGUCCGUCCUCUUCCUCCUCUACUUCGACCCCAUCUGCGCCUAUUUCGAGGCGACCCUCCUGUCCUCCGCCGCGUGGGCCCGGUUCGCCGCCGGCUUCGCGGGGUGCGUGACGGCGCUGUCGGCGGUCUGCCUGUUCUACGCCGCCGGGAACUUCUUCUACUCGGCGCUGCCGUUGCACCACGACAUGGCCCAGCGGAUCGUCGGCGCGGUCAGCGACUGGUCGACGGUGAGGAACGCGCUCGACCUCGGGUGCGGCCGGGGGAUCCUGCUGAAUGCGGUGGCGACGCAGCUCAAGAAGACCGGCAGCUCGGGCCGGGUCGUGGGGCUGGCCCAGUGCAAGAGGACCGCUCUCUCUACUCUAAGGACCGCAAACAUGGAAGGUGUGCAAGAGUACGUGACGUGCCGGGAGGGAGACGCGAGGCGGCUGCCGUUCCCGGACAACUACUUCGACGUGGUGGUGUCGGCGGCGUUCGUGCACACGGUGGGGAAGGAGCACGGCCACCGGACGGCGGAGGCGGCGGCGGAGAGGAUGCGGGUGGUGGGGGAGCUGGUGCGGGUGCUGAAGCCCGGCGGGGUCGGGGUGGUGUGGGACGUGAUGCACGCGGCGGAGUACGUGCGGCGGCUGCAGGAGCUGAGGAUGGACGACAUCCUGGUGUCGGAGCGGGUCACGGCCUUCAUGAUGAGCAGUCACAUCGUGUCGUUCGCCAAGCCCAGCGAGCACGUUGUGGGCCUCGGCGAGGUCCGUUUGGACUGGCGAUGAAGUUGAAGGGGGGAGGUAUACCUAUAGUUUUUACUAUUUUAUUAUGGUUAUAAAAUUUAUAAUCGUUCUUUUGGAAGAAAUAAAGAUAUAUAUUGAGAGAGAAAAGAAGAAUGUUUAGGGAAAUCGAAAAAUAAAAAACAUUUUCUUUUUUGGGUACGGGGUUUUUGGGAUUUGGGCAAAGUGUCCGGGGAGGCGAAGUCAAACCAGAUGCGUUUGCUUUGAGCACCGUAUAAGUAAAAAAAUAGAGUUAGGUAAAUUAUGGCCAUCGAAAUAAUUAGUAAUUGAUGGCAAGAAGAUACGGUGAAGACUUGAUAUUGUACAUAUUCAUUAUCUCGUGUCACUGAGACGGUUUCGCAAAGUUUCUAGAUGUUUAUGCGGAUUCAA